GGCGGCUCCGGAGGCGGGCGAGAGGCGGGCGCGGAGCCGAGGCCGGGCCAGGCCGCGGACCAUGGACGUCGCGGGCCAGGAGAGCGACUGGCGCAGCGCCUCCUUCCGCCAGAAGCUGGUCAGUCAAAUUGAAGAAGCCAUGAGGAAAGCUGGAGUUGCCCACAGUAAAUCCAGCAAGGAUAUGGAAAGCCAUGUAUUCUUGAAGGCUAAAACCCGGGACGAAUAUCUUUCCCUUGUGGCCAGGCUCAUUAUCCAUUUCCGAGACAUCCAUAACAAGAAAUCUCAGGCUUCUGUUAGCGAUCCUAUGAAUGCCCUACAGAACCUCACAGGUGGACCCCCUGCUGGAGCGACUGGAAUUGGGAUGGCGUCUCGGGGCCCAGGCCAAUCACUGGGCGGGAUAAGUGGGCUCGGAGGAGUGGGCCAGCCAAUGACCCUUUCAGGACAGCCACCACCUGGCACCUCGGCAAUGCCCCCUCAUGGUAUGUCUCUUGUUUCUGCCACCAUUCAGUCGACCCAGCUCCAGCUGCAGCAGGUGGCCCUCCAGCAGCAGCAGCAGCAGCAGCAGCAGCAACAACAGCAACAGCAGCAGCAGCAGCAGCAACAGCAGCAGCAAUUCCAGGCCCAGCAGCAGGUGGCGCUCCAGCAGCAGCAGCAGCAGCAGCAGCAGCAGCAGCAACAGUUCCAGGCCCAGCAGAGCGCCAUGCAGCAGCAGCAGCAGCAGCAGCAGUUCCAGGUGGCCGUGCAGCAGCAGCAGCAGCAGCUACAGGUGGCCGUGCAGCAGCAGCAGCAGCAGCACCUGCUGAAGUUCCACCACCAGAGCCAGCAGCAGGUUCCCCCUUCCCUGAUGGAGGGGGUAUCGGCCUUCCGUGUAAUAGGGAACGGGGCAGCCAAGGAGGGCGCGGGAGAUGCUGCUGCCCCGGAGAGAGACGGACGAUGUCUCGGGGCGGAUGCAGGGCUGACAGAACAAGCGCUGCGGCUCGUGCCCAGCGGGAGACGUGAGGAGAGAGGCAGGUGCCGAGGGGACGCCGGCCAGACACACGGCCCGGGACCGGGGAGAGGAGAGUGGCCGGAGCGGCCUCGGGGGACACCCGACGUUGGGGAACAGGACAGCAAGGGGAGGAGCAAGAGAGCAGCUCCCACGGCCUGGACGGAGAAGGUGGUCAGCAAAGACCCCCCACCCCCCACCCCCCGAGGCCGCAGAGGGUUUUGGAAGGAAGGCGGGAACGAGACUCCCGACGUCCGCCCCGUGGGCCUCUUCUGGGCCGCUUCGCUCCCCCGACUGGCCAAAGCGCCUGCUCUGCACCCCUGUUCUGGGCCCACCCGGCCGCAUUCAUGGAAGGCCAACGUCCAGGCCUCAGGCGAUCCGCUGGGCCAGAGCAGGAGGCACCCCGAGAACCGGAGCACUGCUUGGUGGGGAGGGUCCAAUGGGCUUCCUCCUGCUGAUGUCACAGGCAGCCGAGGGAAGCUUCUGGGCCGGAAGGUUCUAGAAGGGCCGCGGUGCCAGCCGGAAGAGCGGGAGCCUCGCCGGGAGCUCUGGGGGUCGCGCGUCACGGCACACGGGUCCCUGCCGCCGCAGGCCCCCCCGGCGCAGCCCCUGGUGUCCCAGGCGCAGUCCCUGUCCGGCCAGAUGAUGCUCACCCCGCAGCAGCUGAAAGCCAUGCAGGUCCGGGCCCAGAUCGUGGUGCAGCAGGCCCAGCAGGCCCAGCAGGCCCAGGCCCAGGCCCAGGCCCAGGCCCAGGCCCAGGCCCAGCAGCAGCAGCAGCAGCAGCAGGUGGCCGCCGCCCAGGCUGCCCAGGUCGCCCAGAUGGCCGCCGCCGCCGCCGCCGCGGGAGGACAGGUAAGGAAGGCCGGGCCCGGCGGGACGGCCUGCGUGUGUGCCCUGAGAAGCCCCCUGCCGGGGCCCCAUCUGGAGCGUGCAGGGCUCUUCCGCUGCUUCCUAGGAGAGCCUGGACGCUGCCCCAGGCUUCCCCGCCAGGCAGUGAGGAUCCCCCACAAUAAGCGGGUGGCCCGGGCUCAGCAGGUGCCAGCCAUCCGGGGGCACCCGGCUGAGCCUGUGGGAGAUGAGAGCGGAAGGCGGCUCUGGGGGUCGCGGCCUUGGGGAGGACCAGCCUUUGCGAGCGCCUCUUUGGGUGGGCCGAAGCGCGCUCGGUGGGCGCCAGGACCGGGCAGCCUCUCUGGGGUCUGCGGAGCCCGUCGGGAGGCUGGGGUGGGGCCCCUUCGGACGGACGUAGCAGCCGACGCCUCCCAGAGGGUCCUGCCGUGGUGCACGGGCCUCACUGGCUGCGGGGAUGGCAUCAGCGGGGUCCCUCUGGCACUGCCCGAGGGGAAGGGGUUCUUCCCUCCCCGGACCCCCACCCGGCGUCUUGUUGUGGCUGAGUACUGGGGGCACGAAGGGGCCUGGCAGGGGGCGGACGGGCCUCAGGAGGCUGCUCAGUGCUGCAGUGCCAUUCCUGGAAACUCCAGCACCCCCCACCGUUGCCUCUGCCCCUUCCCGGGGCUCAGUGGCCUCAAGCUGCCUUCUGACCCGGGGCGUUUGGGGGGCACAGCCAGGUCCCCGGUGGUCACUGGCUCGUGGUUGGUGUGUAAGUGUCCAGGACCCUUCCAGCGGUGGCGGUGGCUCAUCUCGGGUGCCCUGGGCACCGUCAGGGCAGGAGCUGCCAAGGCCGAGGCCGAGGCCCGACGCCUCCGCCCUGCCCACCCAGCCCCAAGCUCACUGGCUCUCCCUUGUGCUCCUCUUCAUCCCGCCCCGAGCCCGCCGCGUUUCCUGUUGCGAUCACUCUGUCUUGUCCCUCUGUCCUCCAAGAUGAUGACUGCCGCCGUGCCCCGAGGGGGGAUGCCAGUAAGACCGCGGUUCCCGCCUGCCGCCGCUGGCUCUGCCACGCCAGCCAGCGCCAUCCCUUUGGGCGGACAGCCAACGCCACAGGUCAGCCAGAGCAGCAUGACCAUGAUGUCCUCGCCAUCCCCCGUCCAGCAAGCCCAGACCCCCCAGGCGAUGCCGCCUCCCCCCCAGCCAUCUCCCCAGCCCGGCCAGCCUUCCUCCCAGCCCAACUCGAAUGUCAGCUCCGGCCCUGCUCCGUCUCCCAGCAGCUUCCUGCCCAGCCCUUCUCCGCAGCCCUCUCAGAGUCCGGCUUCUGCCCGCACUCCGCAGACCUUCAGCGUCCCGUCCCCCGGGCCCCUCAACACCCCUGUGAACCCCAGCUCAGUCCUGAGCCCGGCCAGCUCCAGCCAAGCUGAGGAACAGCAGUACCUGGAGAAGCUGAAGCAGCUGUCCAAGUACAUCGAGCCCCUCCGGCGCAUGAUCAACAAGAUCGACAAGAACGAAGAACGCAAGAAGGACCUCAGCAAGAUGAAGAGCCUGCUGGACAUCCUUACGGACCCUUCCAAGCGGUGUCCCCUGAAAACACUCCAAAAAUGUGAGAUUGCUCUGGAGAAGCUAAAGAACGACAUGGCUGUGCCUACGCCCCCGCCGCCGCCUGUGCCACCCACCAAGCAGCAGUACCUGUGCCAGCCCCUGCUGGACGCCGUCCUCGCCAACAUCCGCUCCCCCGUCUUCAACCAUUCCCUGUACCGCACGUUCGUGCCGGCCAUGGAGGCCAUCCACGGCCCCCCCAUCACGGCCCCCGUCAUCUCCCCUCGGAAGCGCAAGUACGAGGAGGACGAGAAGCAGACGAUCCCCAACGUGUUACAAGGGGAAGUGGCCCGGCUGAACCCCAAGUUCUUGGUGAACCUGAACCCCUCCCACUGCAGCAACAACGGCACCGUCCACCUCAUCUGCAAGCUGGGUGAGUGGCACAAGCCCCCCCCCCCCCCGAGUGCCAUUAUGAGGCCCCCCCAAGUGCCACUGAGGCCCCCCCGAGCGCCAUUGUGGGGCCCCGGCUGCGCUUCG